AUGCAGAGUAACUACACUGUGAACGUUUCUCCAUUCGUUCGAGCAUUGGACAUCACCAUCAUAAUCGCCGGUUUCCUGGGCAACUCAUUAGUGUGCGCAGUGUUUCUCUCCAAAUCUAAUGCAUUCCACAGCACAACCAACAAGCUCAUUCUCCAUCAAUCCAUAAUCGAUCUGAUCGCGAUCAUAAUCUUCCUCAUCGCUAGGGUCAUUGUUCAUCCAGACGUUCAGGAGAUCCCAUCCGGGUCGAUCUCGGCCCAGCUCUUCUGCAAGUUCUGGUACAAUGACUUCAUUAUGUGGGGUGUCUUCUACGCCUCUACCUUUAAUCUGGUCCUAAUAGCCUUCGAGAGGUACGCAGCCUCCUGCCAGCUCAUCUGGUACCGUAACUUUCGCCUGAGAGGGAUCGCCAAGUUCGGCUUCCUCGCCCCCUGGAUAUUGGGGUUCGGCUCGCAGUCGUACAUUGUGAUUUUCACCUACUACACGGACGGCGUGUGUUGGGUUAUCUGGCCCGCUGAAGCUGCUCAACAGGUGGGUGGCGUGAUCGUCUUCUCAUUUGAGUUCUUAUUUCCGAUCAUCACAAUGACGUGGUGCUACUCCAAGGUGAUUCUUCUCUUACGGAAGAGAGAGAAAGCGAACCGGGCGGUUCUUCGGCAAGAUAACAUUCUCAGGCGCAGUAAGAAUGUCGUGACCACCUUGGUGACCAUCACCAUUGCUUAUGUCGUCUGUUGGAUGCCGACGGAGAUGAUGUAUCUUACCUUCAACCUAGGGCUGGUUGUAUAUUACGGAGGGAAUGUCUAUUACAUCUUCGCUGUACUGACCACACUGAACUUUGUGGUAAACCCAUGCAUCUACACAUGUAAAUACAAACGAUUCCGGAACAUUUUAAGGGGUCUGGUCUGCCGACUGCAGUGGGGCAGAAACGAAGUGAGCGACAUUCACCCGCGUCUUCAGCAGAUGAGGCAUAUACCUUAAUAAGACACUUCGAGAACUACAUCAAAGACAAGUUCCCAAAAGUAAACAUCUCGGAGCAAAGUUCAUACACACAAUUCCUCCGUGAGAUGUGAAGAUUCAUGUUG